AAAGAAACAGAAAUAGAAUUACAUCAAAAAGGUCUUAGAGUAGUUCUUGUUGAAGCAGGUUUACUUUCUAUGAUUGAUAUAUUAUUAGAAGCUAAACAAAGUAUACAAUAUCCGCAACCACAUUUCCAACCAGAAGUAGCAGAAGAACAAUAA